GACCGUCGUCACAGCUCGGAGCCCACGUCUUUGCACUGCACAGCAUCUGAUUGAUCGCUCUGACUGAUCGCAUCUUAGUUGAUCGCGCACAGCAGUAUCUCAUUCAUCGCGCAUCUAUUCAUCGCGCCCAUCACCCGCAAUGCUGCCCCGAGCAGCGUUCCGCGCCCUGCGCACCCGCCCGCUCGCCGCGCGCACUCCCAUCACAGCCUCGUGGACGCGCGCAUACGCCAAGGUCGGGCGGCCGCAGAGCCCGCAGAUGGUCGACGAGACCAACAAGACGCGCCCGAACCCAGUCCACCCCGCCCAGCAGCCCGAGUUCACCGAGACGACAGGCGAGCCCGCCGCCAACACAGCGCCCUCCAGCACCACACGGCCGCGCCCCGCGAGCGCCAACGAGACGGUGAACAAGGCCGCCGAGGAGUCGCCCGUCGAGUCAGCCCCCGCAGACACCGCCGCAGACUCUGCCACCACAGACGCCGCCCAAAAACCCCUGCCCGACCUGCGCUUCGGCAUCCCCUCGACCUUCGCCGCCGAGCACGACCAGGCGAAGCGCGACCCCAACGAGCCCAACCCCAGCGAGCCCCCGCCCGAGCAUGACCACCCGUCCUACGGCGGCCGCGAGCUGCCCAAGUCGGCCUACGAGACCAGCACCGACCGCCGCCGCAACCGCGUCGCCAACUGGGGCUACCUCGCCACCCUGCUGUUCGGCACCGUGGGUGCCGCCUACAUGGGCCGCCCGUGGGAGACGGACGACGAGGCCCGCGCCCACCCCGACAUCGCCAGCGACUGGACCCCGGGGCUGGUCUACGCCCGCGCCGUCGCCCGCGUCAACGGCCAAAAGGCCUACUACACCGAGCCCACCUUCCGCCAGCUGCUGCCCGACAAGGACAAGAUCCCCGGCGGCGCCCCGGAGCUGACCCUCGUGCUGUCGCUCGAGGACCUGCUGCUGCACUCGGAGUGGAGCACCAAGCACGGCUACCGCCUAGCCAAGCGCCCAGGUCUGGACUACUUCCUGCGCUACCUCAGCUCGCAGUACGAGCUGGUCAUUUUCACGUCUGUGAAGAGCAUGGACGCGGACCCCAUCAUCCGCAAGCUCGACCCCUUCCGCCUGGUCAUGUGGCCGCUGUUCCGCGAGGCCACGCGCUUCGAGAACGGCGAGUACAUCAAGGACCUCUCCUACCUCAACCGCGACCUCUCCAAAGUCAUCGUCCUCGACACCGACCCGUCCCACGUCCAACUACAGCCCGAAAACGCCAUCGUGCUGCCCAAAUGGAAAGGCGAGCCCGGUGACUCUGGCCUCGUCGCGCUAAUCCCCUUCCUCGAAUACCUCGCCAUGAUGUCGCAGACCGGCCAGCCCGUCGACGUGCGCAAAGUCCUCGAGUCCAUGAAGGGCAAGGACAUCCCCACCGAGUACGCCCGCCGCGAAGCCAAGCUGCGCGCCGCCUUCCAGGCCGACCUGGCCGCGCAAAAGUCCCAGCGCAAGAGCAGCGCGGGUGGCAUGUUUAUGAAAUCCCUUGGUCUCGACGCCGCGAAAACCCCCGGGCUGCAGCUCGGCGACCAGGAUAUUGGUGCUGGGUUGGCGCAGGGCAAGAUGAUGAUUGAUAUGUACCGCGACUUUAAUGUGCAGAACUAUCAGCACCUCGACAAGCAGAUCCGGGAGAACGGCGACCAGUGGCUCAAGGAGAUGGCCGAUGAGGAGAAGAAGAUGCAGGAGGCCGCGGUCAAGGAUAUGAAGGCUGGCGCGUUUAGUUGGCUCGGUGCUGCGCCGCAGAGUGCGGCCGUGCCGGGGGCUGCUUCUGCGCCUGAGGCUGUUACCGCGCACGCGGGUGUGCCGCCGUCGCAGACGGGGUCGACGGGGUCGACGUAGGCGGAGGCGGAGGCGGAGGCGGAGACGGAGACGGAGAUAAAAAGACAGAGACGCAGAUCAGGUGCAGAACAGUCUCGCCACGAGCACAUGUAUGAUACCGUUUAGCAGGGCCCGAGGGCGAUGGGAGGGCCAAGGGCGCGCACAGCAAGCCCGGCGUGUAAAAAAUGUAUUUGUACAACACCAUGUGGCGCAAUACGAUGGUUAUGAUUGGAUUGCGUGGUUCCUACG